AUGUAUCAGCGUAUCCAACCGAGUAUCUAUCCACGUAUGUAUCCACAUAUCACUUCACGUAUCUAUCCUCGGUUCUCUCCACGUAUCUAUCCACGUAUCCAACCACGUAUGUAUCCACGUAUCUAUACAGGUAUCACGCCACCUAUCAAUCAACGUAUCAAAAGACGUAUUUAUCCACACAUAAAUACACGUAUAUAUCCACGUAUUUAUCAACUUUUAUAUCCACGUAUCUCUCCACGUAUCCAACCACGCAUCUCUCCAUAUAACAAUCCACGCAUCCAUUCACGGAUCUAUCCAAGUAUCUAUCCACGUAUCCAACCACGUGUCUACUCACGUAUCUAUCCUGGUAUCCAGCCACGUAACAAUCCACCUCUCCAAAGACGUAUGUAUCCACAUAUCAAUACAGGUAUAAAUCCACAUAUCAAUACACGUAUCUUUCGAAGUAUCUAUCCCCGAAUCUCUCCACGUAUCUAUUCACUUUUCAAUGCAGGUAUCUAUCCACGGUUCUCUCCACGUAUAUAUACAGGUAUCCAACCACCAAUCAAUCCGCGUAUCCAAAUACGUGCCUCUCCACAUAUCAAUCCACGUAUAUAUCCACGCAUCCACCCACUUAAAUAUCCACCGUUUUCUCCACGUAGCUUUCGACGUAUCCAUCAAGGUAUCUAUCCACGUACCUAUUCAGGUAUCCAGCCACGUAUCAAUCCACCUAUCAAAAGACGUAUCUAUCCACAUAUCAAUACACGUAUAUAUCCACGCAUCCAUCCACGUAUAUAUCAACGUAUCUAUCCCAGAAUCUAUCCACGUAUCUAUUCACUUUUCAAUCCAGGUAGCAAUCCACAUGUCUAA